GCUGUAUGGUGACAGAUGAAGGCUGUGUUUUUUUGUCUUCAGCUCUGAUUUCAAACCCCUCACACCUGAGAGAGCUGGAUCUGAGCUACAAUCACCCAGGAGAUUCAGGAGUCAAGCUGCUCAACCAGAAACUGCAGGAUCCAACCUAUAAACUGCAGAUACUCAAUUUGGACCAUGGAGGACAUUUUAGGAUCACACCAGGUCUGCGAAAAUAUGCCUGUGAUAUCACACUGGAUCCAAACACAGUGCACACUCAACUCAUCGUUUCUGAAGGGAACAGAAAAAUAACAUAUGUGAAAGAGCAUCAGCCAUAUCCUGAUCAUUCAGAAAGAUUUGAGCGCUUUGAGCAGAUUCUGUGUAGAGAGAGUCUGACUGGACGCUGUUACUGGGAGGCUGAAUGGAGCGGCUCAGGUCAUGUAGCAGUGGCAUAUAAAGGAAUCAACAGGAAGGGAGGAAUUGAUUGUUGGUUUGGACUGAAUGAAAAGUCCUGGAAUCUUUACUGUUGUGAUACGAUUUACACUGUCUGGCACAAUAAUAAGAGCACUGACAUUCCUCGCUCUUCAUCCUCUAAUAGAGUAGGAGUGUAUCUGGACUGGUCAGCCGGCACGCUAUCAUUCUACAGCAUCUCUGACACACACACACUCACAACAUUACACACAUUCAACACCACAUUCACUGAACCCCUCUAUGCUGGAUUUAAGGUUUAUCCUGAUUCUUCAGUGUUUCUAUGUCAGAUUUAACAACACUCCUGUGAGGAACUGCAGAGACACAUGUGGAAGCCUAACUUAGAGCAAAUAAAGAAAAUUUCAAGAUAUAAACUUGCAAAUGCAAGAAAUAAAGUUAAAAAUCUGAGACCAGUGACAAAUACCUUUUUAUGAAUUUUGUAAAUGUAUUUAUGUAUUGAUUUUUUAUCUUAUAUAUUUGGCUCUUGGCGUCCAUAUACAUAAUAUUUUAUAAAAAAAAAAAUAAAAAC